AAUAAGGCGCUGUCUCUUUAAAUGGGUGACUAGCGGGUGUCUGUCUGACUGUGAUAAAACAGCUACUGAAGAGCCACAGAACGGGAACUGAUCGCCUCCAGAAACACAAAGGGACUUCACGACCAACGCUAUGGGCAUCAAACUGUACUACACCACCGUGACUGCAUCGAGAGAGGUCAAGUCUCAGCAGGCCGAGGUCAUGCGUAUUCUGGAAAGUAAGAGCAUCAAGUAUGAGUUGAUUGACAUUUCGGUGGGUGGUGAUGUUCGGGAUGAGAUGAGGAGUAAAUCGGGCAACCCCACGGCAAUCCCACCUCAGAUAUUCAAUGAAGACCAGUACUGUGGGAACUACGAGAUGUUUUCUGAGGCGGUGGAGGCAGACACAGUGGAACAGUUUCUGAAGAUUGCCUGAGAGCCAAAACUGGUAGCAACCAUCAUCCUCUUCCCUUCCCUGCUCCAUGUCCACAUUCCCAAAGAGAGGUCUGCCUGUCCCCCUCUGCUCCGCCGGCGGCGCCUGCCUUCCGUGUCUCAAUGCCAUGCCACAUGCCAAACACAAUCAACAGAAAAGCACACACUGGCUCUGUACCACCAUAUUUACCCUCAAACCGAGACCCUUCUACUUUUUCAUUCCUUCAUGCUUUUGUUUUAAGGAUCCUUUUGUGUCCUCUUUGGUUCCGACUCCUUAAACGCCACUAAUUUGUCUUAAUCUUGUUUGGAUCUGAGCUCUUGGAUGUGUAGUAAUUAGGUCACCUAAUCUGGGCAGCAACCCUAUGUUUAUUCCAGACUGAACUAAUGCACAGUCCAAGAAACACAGCAAUCAUUUAGUGUCCAGUAGGUGAAUCAGAUCGACCUGCAUAUAUUCCCACUUUUAGUGCUGAUAAAUCAUUUAGAAAAGGUUAAUUCUCCAUGGGCGGAAAUUUAUUAUGUGUUGGUACCUUAAAAACACAGGCCCUAAUUUCCAGCAUGACGUGAAGCAGCUGCAUCAGAUCCUAUACUAAGCACACUGCUUUGUAUUGUGUGUUUUAGCAGUGUUAAAAAACCACAGGUAUGCUCUCCGAGACAGAUUUCCAUUUAACAUUCCCAAAGUCAGGGACUGAAAAACGUUCCAUUGCAUCAAACUGUGCCAAUAAAUGUCUGUACGAAUGAGUUUUCCAUGCAAGCAUUUUCCUCCGUCUUCUGGGUACAAACUUUAUUCCAAAGUCUGAAAUAUCCAAGAAUCUGAAAAUCUAUUAUAAGGAUAAAUUCCUCAAUGAUUUGGUCAUGUUUUACCAAAAUAGAAAUCAUAUUUGGCAGUAAAAAAUACGAUUUAUUGUUUGCAAUGGGAUAUUUCUUUCAUGACAGUUAACCUUUAAUGUAUUAGUAGUAUAUAUAAUACUACUAUUUUACAUUUAAAUUGAUCUGCAUCGCUAUAAGGAUAAUUAUGCUAAAAUGUCAUGAAGAUCAUUUCAAAUUGCAACAAAAAAAGGCACCAUUUUAAAAAAUAUAUACUCCAACACAUUCCUGAAUGCCACAGAACUUCAUCUCAUUUCUUUCUGGUAAUGCACUAAAUGUUGGUGUGUGUGUGUGAUCAGCAAUGCAAACCCCCCCCUGAGCUCUUAACUAACUCCGUACUUCAGCUGCAACCACGAAAUUCAUCAUCUAGUAGCCGAAUCACUCCAUACGCCAUAGUUCACAUGUGCAUGCUGUUCCAUCAAGGGUCUGUCGCCAUCCAACUGAGCUCACUGGAGGUUGUAGCAUUGACAUUUCCAGCAGGUUAUCCUCUAGCAUGUUGUGUUGAUCAUAUUGGUACUUAAUUUUUAUACUGUAUACUUGGCACAGUCUUACGAUCUUGAUACGAGUCGUGGUCCCACAUCUAAUUCAUUUCGUCUGGUAUUGGUAAUGUCUGCUGCUCCCAGUUGGUCUUGUUUGCAGUGUGUUGUUCUCUGCGGUCGAAGCUGAGGAUGUGGGACCUGCAGGCACGGACGGCUGGCUCAUGAAAUGAUUGUGAAUCUUCCUCUGUUGUAUUGUUUGUAAUGAUUUCUUGUGGUCUCUUUGUGCUGUACUGCUUUGCUUUAGGACCAACGCCCUUUUUGGCCAAAAUAAAAGAAUGAUCAUUAGGGAAAGAAAUGCUGUUGUCUUCCAAGAAGAUGGUGACAUUGUGAUGUAUGGGUCAAAUAAAAAGUGCAAGAAAAAAUUA